UGCAGUUUACGAUUGUGGUCAGUUUACCAUUGUUGGACAGUUCUUGGGAGGCAGAGGAAUGCGGGGCUUACACAACGCUCACAUGGGAAAUAUUGCAGGUGGGAGGUCCCCGGGCUGUGGUCAUGCUGUCCCUGGAUGAGCCCCUGGACUUGAAGCUGCCUCGACGGGCUGGUGGGAGAGACAGGGGUGCCAGGUCGCCCCUCUCUCCAAUUCACCCCAAACGCGCCCGCCAACUGCACAUGACCGAUGACGGCACUGCUAUCAUUGAGCCUGCAUCUCCACCUUCUCCACAUAAUGGUGUGCAGGUGGUACCUCAGGACCGAACGGAGACCCCCACCCCCCCUGCAGUGGACCUCAGCAUGUCCCCCUCCUCACGCCACACCCCCAGCUCCCCAGAAACAUCCAAUGGCUACGUCCCCUCAGGGAAUUCCCUCUCACAGGCCUUUCAGUUCUUUGUGCCAAUUGGAGCUGGGACAGGGCUUCACCUGCCAUCCUCCAUGUUUAUGAGCCAGAGUGACAAAAGAGCGUCUCCAGACCUCUCAGCAGACGAACAGCUGGCCUGCCGCUGGAAGAAGUGCCAUCACCUCUUUGACUCUCUGCAAGACCUAGUGGACCAUGUAAACGACUUUCACGUCAAACCUGAAAAGGAUUCUGGGUAUUGUUGCCACUGGGAGGGCUGUGCACGUAAAGGGAGAGGGUUCAAUGCCAGGUACAAGAUGCUUAUCCACAUCCGCACUCACACAAAUGAGAAGCCCCACCGUUGUCCCACUUGCAACAAGAGCUUUUCUCGUCUGGAGAACCUGAAGAUCCACAACCGCUCCCACACAGGUGAGAAGCCGUAUAUUUGUCCAUACGAGGGCUGUAACAAGCGUUACUCAAACUCCAGCGACCGCUUCAAACACACACGCACUCACUAUGUGGAUAAGCCCUACUACUGCAAGAUGGUGGGCUGCCUGAAGCGCUACACUGACCCCAGCUCCCUCCGCAAGCACAUCAAAGCCCAUGGUCACUUUGUGGCCCAGGAGCAUGGCUCUCCAGGUGGGGUCGGCUCACUGCUGAAGGGUCCGCCUGCAGGGCUCACCAAUGGAGGAGGCAAGGACUCAGAAAUGUCCUACGUGAGUGGGGCCCACAUUAUCAUUCCUAGUGCUGCAGCUGCUCUUUUGGGAAGCCACGCUCUGCAGAGUCUGGGGGGCUCUUUGCCUCUGUCCCCCCUCAGCCCCCGUCCCCUGGACCUCAGCUCACUGGGAUGCCCAGGGUCUCCACCAGGUUCCAUUUUGUCUUUUAAUGGCUCCCACCUGGGCCUGGCUAAGUCUCCUCUGCUCUCCUCGACUUUCCCCUCUGCCGCCCUGGGCCUGCCCAUGAUGCCAGUGCUGGGAGCCGCGUCUGAGCGCAGAAUUCACUCCAUCAAGAAGGGCCGCAUGGAGGAAGUGGAGCCCGAGGUGACUGGGGGGGCCCUGAAUCUCUCCACUGGAGGUUCUCAUGAUCCCCUGUCCUGGGUGGUCAUACCCCCAGGCACUGUGGUGCUGAAGCCAGCUGUGGUUAACUGAUACACUCACACAUUCCUGAAGAGCUCAGGGGGUCCGGGGGGAGGGAGGGGCACACAGCGGCGAGGGUACGGGUGGUCAAAGGUGAAAGGGAUCGGCUCGCACAAUCAAACUUAAGCAAUGCAUUCAGAGGAGAUGGGAACGGGAGACAAACUUCCUCCAAUAACACUACACCUCACAUGACAUCAACGCAAGCCUCGUUUGGAUGGGAAUCUGAGGCCCAAGAACUGUCCAGUAACACGUACAUCUGUAUCACUGAUACAGACUUCACUUAUGUUAUACAUUCCUGUGUCUGUAUUUUUCUUGUGCUCUGUGUUCUUCUAAAAGUCCAGUUUGAUUGACACAUAUUUAAAUAUUCACCUCAUCGACAUUGUGCCUAUCACUUCACAGUGAGAAAGAGACACGAAACUGAAUGACGCACUCACUGUGAGGUAAAAGUGCAUCCACCACAGACUUUCACAGCUGAUUUAUGAAGCUAUGACCCAUUUUCACAGGCUGAUGUGAUUAAUGUAAUUCAGACAGACUUGCUGUGCGAGGCAAGUGAACUCAAACUGUCUCUGUGCAGGGUUUGUGCUGGAUAAGCUGGAUAUGUCAGCUUUAGAGCAGGGCCCUUCUCAGAGACAGAUCUGUUAAAUACAGCACUUACUUGUGUCAUACGGUUAUACUGUCGCACAGUAACCUCAGAACUGCUGCUAACCUCUCAGCUCCCUCAAUGUAUUUGUAGAGAGCAUUUCUGACAAUCUCACCCCAUUUGGGGAAGCAAAAACAAGGACCAGCCCAUUAGACCAGACUGUUGGACAUGCAGACAAUGGGCUUUUAGGACACAGAGCAGUAUAAGUGACUUCAAUAGACAAGUGGUGUUUCAUCACCUGACAAUGACCAAUACUUUUAAUUAUGACAUGUUUUUACACAAAUUAAAUGGUAAGACGUUGAUGUAUCUGGCUCCCCCUUCUGGUAAGGCACAGUGCACAACAUCUUGCUAGCACGCUGGCUGUUUGCAGUCAGAUUGUCCAGCUGCUUUCUCGUAAAUUGAAUCAACACUGCCAGUUGGUCUAUGAAAAGAGCACUGUGGCGAUAAACACUGAAGUCGUGUGUUAUGAAGUGAGCCGACCCAAAACCAGCUGUGCUAAACAGGUGGUGAUCCAGUCAAGGCCAAACCAGCCUUUAUUGGUGCAAAUGGUGUCCCAGGUUCAACAAGUGCCACAGUGAGGUUAGACCAUCAGCAGCAGACAGGGAGAGCGAGGGCUGUGCACUGUGCCAGUGUGGAGGAUACAGAUAAUGCCACACACAGCUGGACUGCCUAUAAAGCCACACUGUUUUAAACUGCCUCAAUACCCUGUCCACAGUGGCUUCUCUAAAGAAACUCUUUGACUUGUGGGAAAACUUUCUCCUGAUUCCAUUUUGCAGUCGAGUCGCACUUAACAUAAACUAUAUCCUUUACAUGUUAUAUGAAAUAUGUUACUGCCAACAGCCAUUAUUUUCAGCUGUACUUAGCUGCAGGGUUCAGUCUAAAAUGGGUUAAAUGGCCACACUGUUGACUGCUGCCUCAGCUGAGGAAGGUAGAGGGUGAGGAUAGGAUUUACGCAACAAAAGGAGUUCCUUAAAGUUUUCUGCCAACGCUCCUCACCUCUGCAUCUCUGUUUGCCAUGCAGUUCUCAGUUAUGGUUUCAUGUUUGUCAUUAUUUUUAUUUAGUUCUGACGAGACAUUUUUUCUGAUGUUGAAGUUGCUUCUUGUCUGUAAUGCAAUGGCUGCUCUGCAUUCAGCUUUCUGCUGCCACGGCUGAGUCUUAAAAGGGGUUGAUGUGAGGCAGAAAAAAAAACAGGAUUUGGGUUUGCUUCUAGGGUACUUGUUCCCAAUUUGGGCUGGACUGAAAUCUAGGUCACAACAUGAUGUGAUAGAGUAGGAAAUGUGUACAGUUUACUGGCAUCUAUUUAUCAUCGAGAGGUUCAGUAUUUCAAAAGUAUAACCUUUUAAAGGGUCUGUGUCAUUAUUAUAUGCCCGGUUUAAUAUUGUGAUCUAAAAAAAAAAAUUUCAUGAUCUCAAUCUCACACUAAUCUAUUUUUUGCAAGUUAGUAUUAGUAUAAAUAAGAUUUGUUAUGUUCUGUAGUUCCCAUUUAGUCAAAUACAAUUGCAUUUUGGAAUUUCUUCUGAUGUUGUUCUGAUACUGUUGAACUGGUGGCUGUGCUACAAGGACAUUAAGAAGAAAAUCCGGAAUAUACAUUAUAAGCCAACAAAGCAGUGCCAGACAGCCUCCUCUUGUCUUUUCACUUCUGCAGCUUUAGUGGCCAGUAGAACAUUCCCUUUCAGUCACACUAGCUUUUACAAUAUAAUCUGUGCCACUGAACUCUGUCCACCCUCUGUUUUAACCUUUUUAUAGUUUAAGCCCAAAGGAUCAACACAUUUUGGCCACUAGGCUUUUAACACAGAUGAGGAAAACAGGCAUCCACUAGCAAAUAAAUAACAAACACAUUUGUCUGAUGAUGUACCUCCUAUUCCCCUAUAACGGUGAGAGGCUUCAGUCAUCACGUAUGUUAAUUUUAAGCAGCUCGUAUCAUUACAGAUUUCCAGGUGGGAUGUCAUCAGACAUUGAAAUGGUUACCAUGGAAACCAUUCAACCCAGAUGCUGUGGACUUGAUGGUGUCCUCUGCUGGACUAAGACUCAGUGAGGCAGUAGAAAGCUGACAUUGACAAGGAUCCGACCAGGGUCCAUAUUGUUUCCAUAUUCAAUAAGCUGUAUCCUCUAUUAACCCUUUGAGCUCGGUCUGUAAUGAAACUGCACUUUCUCUCUUUUAGCUAUAGACAAGAGUAUGCCGUUACAUUAUUUGGCAGCAUACAGCCAUCAAUCAUUUUAGGAACCAAGUGUAUUUGUAACAAUCAGAAUUUGAAAUUGUAUUUGUAAAUUGUAAAGUGGUACUUGCUUCUGGAUAAGCUAAUUUAAUGCUAUUAAAAUUUCCAGGGCAUAAAUAUGUUGCUAUCAGAGGUGCCACAAUGUUGCACAAAGGGUUAAUGUUAAGACAAAGGCCAUGCAAGGCCUGUUUCGAGUUAUGUUUUUGCACAUUUGUGAGAUAUUAUGUCAGUAUUUUAAUUUUUCAAAGUGCCUUUUUAUUAUUAUAGGGUAAACUACCGAAUACACUUUACAAAAAUGAUGUUAUAAAAAUAUAUUUUUCCUUGGCAUCAUGUUCCAUGGUUGAACAUGCAGAAUUUUAGAGUUGUAAAGUCUCCAAUUGGUACAACAUAGCUGUGUUCUCCUGUUUUAGAGGAAUUUUAUUACGAUAUUGAUAAUAAUGUCAAUGAA